CAAUUACCAAUUACCAACUUCAGAACUUUGUCCGUGUGCCCGGUGUCGUAUGUUAGCGGUCCUUUACAUCGUUAUUACAACGUCAACAACUCUCGCGUCGCGUGGUGGACAAAACGAAAGCCACCGGUCGAGAAGGAGCUAGAAUGAACGGGAUGGUUUGGGGACUUUCGCAUCACCUGCCGAGUUUCAUGGAGUCAGAAAGCAAAAGUUUCCAGCCCUGGAGAGACUACAUAGGACUGUCGGACACAAUCCGAGAGAUCCUGGGCCGCCACGCGGCCCCCGAGGGCCCACUGACCGCCUCCGGUGCUCCACACUCCGAGUCGGAUGACCUGUCCGAGGCACUUAUGUCCGUGCGCAUUACCGCAAUUUGCCAAAGCAGCGACCUCGGCGCAGACUGCGCGCCACGCCUCCGCGCAGACUCCAUGGCGCCGGGCUCUUUGGCUGGUCAACGUGCUGUCGAUGGUGGUCUGUGGUACGCCACGAGCCCAUUUCGUGCUGAUAAACCAGAGGCGGUAGAUUCAAAGCUACUGCCAAGCCCGCCAGGCUCCCGGGGCCCAAAAGAGCGCAAGAAGACAUCUCGUCUCAAAACGACGGAUCCACCAUUGUCCGCGUCCCCCGAGCGCAUGUUCUGCAGUUUCUGCAAGCACAACGGGGAGUCCGAGUUGGUGUGCGAAUCCCACUGGCUGAAGAACCAGGUCGGAGACGUGCUGUGUCCCUAUCUGCGGCAGUAUGUGUGUCCUCUGUGCGGGGCCACGGGGGCCAAAGCUCACACCAAGCGCUUCUGUCCGAAGGUGGACAGCGCGUACAGCUCCGUGUACGCCAAGUGCAGACGCUGAACCAACUGGAGGCCAGCUCUCAGACACAGAAGGCUAAAUCCUCCUUUACCUAUAGUGUGGUUUCCUUUAAUGCCACGUGUGUGUGUGUGUUUGUUUGUGUGUGGUUUGGUUUUUUUAUUUGCAUGCUUUCGCACGUUUGCUGUGUAGCUUUUUGUCUAAUGCUGAUUGGAGCCUUCCCAGCUGGUUUAUUUGUCGGCCUGCGUCUUCUCGAACAGCGUCCAUUAAUAUUUUGUAGAGCACUUUCAAUAACGACUACCAGAUAUUCCGUUUGGGAGGAAAAAAAGCACACGUUUCAAAAGAAAACACAUGUACGUUUGUUUUACAUAUUUUAAAAAAGUGGCCACCUGAUGUCCAUAUUCAUAUCUCCCGUCCAUGCAUUGUAGGAUAUUAACCCUAUAAAACCGCGGAUGUUAGUCGUCAGUAAUAACGUGACCACAUCAUGUGACCAUGUCAGCAUUUUAACCAUUUUAAAUGUGAGCAACUUGUUCUUGUUCCAAGGUGUUGAGCAAAUACCUGUUCCUAAGGCAUGCUAUUUUUUAUUUUGAAACUUGUAACUGUGGCUUUUCUAAAAUGCCAUUUCAGCUCUAAUCACCUUGUAAUAGUUGUAAAAAAAAGUGUGGAAUUCUGUGUGAAAUUAUUGUAAAUCUGAAGUUUAUAAAUGUACAAAUUGGCCACAUGUUUGUGUAAAUGUCUU